UGAAGAAGAAGAAGAAGAAGAAGAAGAAGAAGAAGAAGAAGAAGAUGUAAACAAAGACGGUUUAAUGUCGCAUGAUGAUUUACUGAGCGGAACAUCUGUGUCUGACUGAUGACGAGAAGACACGUUUAUCUGAAGGACUCACAUCCUGCAGCAGCUGAUCAGAGGAGCAGCUGUGAUGGCGGGUCGUGGUCGUGGUCGGAGGAUGAUGAGUUUCAGCGUGGACGCUGUCGGCAUCAAUAGAGGAGACAGUUUACCUCCGACCAUCCAGCAGCCGACACCUGCAUACCCGGCAAUGGAGAACAAGCCCCUCCCCCUGGCAGCUGGCGAGGAGGCGGAGUAUAUGUUGGCUCUCAAGCAGGAGUUCAGAGGAGCCAUGAGGAGUUUGCCCUGCUUCAUCCAACCAGCCGCUCCUCACAGAGAUGUGGAGAGGUACUCUGAUAAAUAUCACAGCUCGGAGCCGACGGACAGUCUGAUCACCUGGACUCCAGACUGGAGGAGAUUACCCAGAGAGCUCAGAGUCGCCAGGCUGCCUCGCAGAGAUGGUGUGUCGGUCAGUCGCUCGGUGCCAUCAGGUCAGAUCAGACAAGUAAAGGAGAAGGAGGAGAUUCUGCUCAAACUAGAGAGUCUGGAGCAGAAGGAGCAGCAGGGGAGCUCAGAGGAGGAGGAGGGAGAGGAGAAGAAGAAACAGGAGGAGGAGGAGGCCGAGGGAGAGGAGGAGUACGAUGAGGAGGAGUUUGGAGAGGAGACCGACUACAUAAUGUCCUACUUUGAUAACGGAGAGGAGUUUGGAGGAGACAGUGACGACAACAUGGACGAGGCUGUUUACUGAACACACUCUGCCAGGCAGCUGAUUAGAUCUGUUUUAAAAGACUCAGAGCGAAACGCCUGUGGACUCAGCACCUCACCAGCGGUUCUCAGUGUCUGUUGUUUGUUCGUUGGAGAAACGAGUGGCAGAUCUGUCGGAGUUGAACGUACACUCUACGAUUUAAGACGGUUUUUUGCCUCAAUUUCGGAGUGAUGCGAUUUUCAACGUUGCCGUGCGUCGCACAGGGCGAUCAAGCAGCGAAUCACUGAAGACCACAGAAGACUGAAGUGUCCUGCAGGGGGCCCCGCCUCUGACAGACCCUCUUCAGAUCCAGAGGACCGGCUCAUUCAUCUCAGUAAACUAAUCAAACUGUAAAUAACUGUCGUUUGUAAAAAAGGUUAAAGAUCAACAGUGUGAAUCAGCUGCUUUUUAAUAAACAUUUUAAAUGAGAUCAAUGUUUCUCAUCAA